AAGACGUCACCCUCGUUCAGUUUACAAUGAUCAACCGAGUCCAUCAGUGCCCACAGUUCUGACAAAAACACUGACUCACUCAAAGAUUUAAAAGCAUGGAGAGACAUUUCCAACGACGAUGGAUGCAAACAGUCACUCGCUUGAAUGAUGAACACUUUGCAUGUAAUCUUACAAAAGUCCUCGGGAAAAGGCGGUAUCUGUACUCUCCAGCCUGUAACAGUUCUGAGCUGGACUGUAUCUCCUCCUUGCCAUCUCAGCCCGCUUUUCCUGAAUCUGGACCCUCCAAAUCUGCUCCAGAACCUGGGGGUCCAAACAUGUGGGAGCCAGUCAGCAUGAGUGCUGACUUUUCUCACACAGAGGAAGCCUUUUCUCCCCAGAUGAAGGCCUCAUGCAGAUUGAAGAGUGAUGUUGAGGCUUGCAUGAGCCAAAGCACUGAGGCCACAGAAAGCAGCUGGACAUUAAAGACUCUGCACCAGGUCACGUUCAGCUCCAAAUACCUUGACCCCUGUACGAAUCAAGGCUAUGAGACUGCAGGUUGCAGAUACCUCUACGCUCCCCCAUCUGAUAUAUCUGGAUUUGUGGAUGAGGGCUAUCCACCUUACAUCCAGAUUCAUCUUGAUAAAGAGGAGCCAGAGAUCAGCUCACUGGAAAGUGAUGAAAAACUGUCUGAGACAUCCAGCUGUGCUGCAGCUGUAAGUAAACAGACUCCUUGUGUUGACAUCGCUUUAGUAAAUGAAGAGGAUAAAUUCAACAUGCUGAAUCUCAAAAGGACUCAAAUCUGAACUGACUUUUUCCAGGGUCAGUCACUGGUUGCAGAAGCAGAUGAGCCCCCAAUUCAGGUCAUCUAGCACCCAACUGCAUCCCUGUGAUCUCCUGAACUGACCAAAGUUUUGAAAAUUUUUGAAUAAAAUCAC